CAGAACCAGCUUGUGCCCCUGUUUCCUCCCAUCUCCAUGGAGUCACGUGCUACAUAGGUAACGUGAUCUACACCGAGGGGUUGUGCCGAACUUAUCUUCUCUCUUCAAAAGAUCUUUGGUUGGACUAAGGCGCGGGUAGUCUCCCGGAGCAGACGAGAUCUCUCCCACCCUGUUCCCUCAACCUGGACGCUACAACCCAUAACCUGCACCACCUUGACUUCAGGUGUCGUCUGCUACACACAGGUGUGUCGUCUGACACCAGCAGACGACUUUGCUAACUGUCGUCUGCUCGAGCAGGCGAUAACGUCACCUGCUUUAAAGGUGUGUCGAUCAAGCCUAGAUCACGGAGAGUAAAGUUUGAUCUCAACAAAACAAGAUGUCGAUGAAAAAUUUAAAAGUCGAUGAACUGGAGGAGAACAUCGACGAAGUCAAGGAAGUUGUUGAGGACGUCUUCUCGGCGCUUGUCGCCACUGUCGUUGUCUCUUGCAUCAUCCUAUUUGUCGUCCUCCUCCGUGUCUACAUCAGAUGGGGGACGGACAACCCAAGCCGCAAUAAGAUGGAGGGGAAGACGGUGAUAAUCACAGGCGCCAACACAGGGUUAGGCAAGGCCACGGCAAUAGAACUGGCCAAGCGGAAGGCGCGCGUCAUUCUGUGUAUCCGCGACAAGAACAAGGGCGAGGCGGUGGCGAGGAGCAUCAAGAAGAAGACAGGCAAUCAGAACGUCUUCGCCGAGGUUUUGGACCUCGGUAACUUCCGGUCCAUCCAUGACUUUGUGUACAGAUUCAACGACAAGGAGAGCGCCCUCCACGUCCUCAUCAACAACGCAGGCUACAUGGGUCCUAAAGCCACCACCAAUGACGGCAUUGAACGUUGUUUCGGCGUCAACCAUCUUGGACACUUCUAUCUGACCUUGCUGCUGAAGGAGAAGCUGAAGAAGUGCGCGCCCAGCCGCGUCAUCAACGUCGUGUCCGACGCCUACCUCAAGGGCAAACUGGACUUCGAGGAUCUCGCCAUGACGAAAAGCUACGACAUCUACAAGGCCUACUCCCGGAGCAAGCUGGCCCAGACGGUGUUCAGCAUGGAGUGUCAUCGCCAUUUCUUCUCAGAUGUCGUCUGCACUUACGCUGUUCAUCCGGGCCCAUGCUGCACCGACCUGCUCCGCAGCUGGCCCGGGAUGAACGGCAACCUGCUGCGAGCCAUGGCGAGGAUCCUCUUCAAGACGCCGGAGGAGGGAUGUCAGACCAUUGUCUAUUGUGCCGUGGCCGAUAAGCUAAGAGAGCACUCGGGUAAACUCUUCGUCAACUGCAAGGCACAGAAAAUUAAAGAAAUUGCAAGAGACAAAACCAGGGGAACCAAGUUAUGGAAUGUCAGUCUUCAGCUGUGCGGUCUCCCGCCAGAGGAUGUAGAAGAAGAGGAAGUUGUUAUUCCGGAGAAACCAAAGGUCGAGGAUCUCAAGAAGCGCGAGGGAGCCGCCGCAGCUGCUCAAGCGAAAGAAUCCAAACUUCCGGUUCUGGAUCAGGCCAAAGCUGCAGCUGCAGCUGCUGCUAAACAGGAACCUCCCCAAGUUGCCAAGAAACCUGCCCCUGAACCCCCCGCAAAACCCCAACCUGCCCCCGUUCAAGCCCCUGCUCCUUCUUAAAAAACCCAUCCUGUUUACUACUUCAAUAUUCGUGGACGUGUGGGCAGACAUCUUGAAAAUGGACUCGAACUGAAUCGUGUCGAUUGGAAUAACGAACGACACUCCUUUGUGAAUUGUAUGGAUACAUAUCCAAAGUGGAAGUAUUGCGAUGUAUUUAUCUAGGAAGGGGAACUAUCUGUUCCUCCCUCACUGCCAGUCAAGAUCAAGGUGACCUGUUUUGUGAUCGCGUUCGACAUUUUCAACAUGGCCCCGAGUCUCAACUCGGACAAUUCCAGCUGGCAUGCACAGCACAGCAGUGCUCCGAUACAUAUCCAGUAUUUAUUGAGUUCCAGGUUGCUGCUUGUGUGGUAGAUAGGAAGGUGUGUGUGGUGACGGCUGGGUGUACUUGACAGCAGCAGUGAGUCCGCCUUUAAGAUAAGAGUAUUUUGUGAUGACAGAUGGCAAUUCUUGAAAGCAUCGGUGAUUUCGCCUUUAAGGUAGUUGGAAAUACUUCACAGCAACAGUGAGUCCGCCUUUAAGAUAAGAGUAUUUUGUGAUGACACAUGGCAAUACUUGAAAGCUUCGGUGAGCCCGCCUUUAAGACAUGAGCGGUGUGUGGUGACAUUUGGAAAUACUCGACAUCAACAGUGCGUCCGCCUUUAAUAUAGGAGUAUUUUGGGCUGACAAUUGGGAUUACAAACAGUCAAUAAAAGCUUCAAUGGGUCAACAGUCAACAUAAAUCACAGUCUCAGUGGGUACAUGUCUCUAAUAUCUUAACAUCUCUGUAAAGAUAGACACAUGACGGAGAGUAACGCCAUCAUAGCUUCGUUUUAAACCGUAUUCGACAGAAAAAUCAUUACAAUAAGCCGGCCAGUCAUAUUACACUAAUGAGCGAGAGACAUCCGUCGCUGUGGUAGUUAUAAGCGAGAUAGAGAUGAUGACGUCACUUCCGGAACAAAGGUUUGAUGGCGAAUGGGUCCAGGGUAUCCAUCAGAAUAGAAUAGGAACAUGAUGCACUGUACAAUCGAGAAUGGACAGUAUGUCUGCCACAACACAGCUGUUUAACGACGUCAUCAAGUCUGUGCCAUUAGUCCAUCUACAGGUUAGCAUCUGUGGCAACUGCUUUAAUAUACGUCAUUAACAUGACGUCAGUAUAUGUAAAUCACGUGACGACAACGUCUUAUAUCACACCAUGAUAUGGGGGUUCGGCGGAAGUAAGCAGUAGUUACCCCUGGCAGAAUUCGGUGACAUCGAUCGAACCAUACAAACAUUCAGUAGGAUUAGUGCGACCUUGUGAUAGCGGGCAUGGGUAUAUGUGACAUUACCAUGGAUAUUUCACUACAAGACAAGAUUCUGCGUGAAGUUCUCAUUGAAAUGCCAUCGCAGUACAGUAGCGGGUCAGGUUAAAUGGAAGCGUCACAACUGUAGGAGUACAGGUCAUGUUGUCAUGGAUAUUUCAUUACAAGACAGGAUUCUUCGUGAGGUUACCAUGGAAACGCCAUCGCGAUAUGUCAAGUUAAAUAAAAACUUCACACUCGUAGACGUCUAUGUGACGUUACCACGUAAACAUGAUCAAAGGUGUGAACUUCCCGGCAGUUAGCUAUGAACGACAUCAACUGGAUCUAUUCUUGGAAUUAAGGAAAUGAAAAUGCUAAGUGUUGACAAAUUCGUGGACUGUUGCGCUAAUUUGAUAUAGGACGUCAUCUUAUGACGUCAACUAAUGACUGACUACUACUUAUGUGAUGAGGCAUUUAGCGGAACUUCAUCCAACCCUCGUCUGUAAGUCAUCUGAUAUGCUUCUGUCGUUGUGGCUGAUGCGAGGAUGGGCUGUGACCUUGCCAUGUCCUCUAAAUGACCGUAUCGGAUCAUUCUUGUUCCAGAUAGUGUUCUUUGAUAUUUGGUUGAUCUGUGUUUUUCGUCUGUGAUUUGAUCACAGAUAUGUCAGAUGCUUCGUCUCUGAGGGGAGGUUCAUGUAUCCCGUCAUGCAACAUCUGGAGUCGGUGCUCUUAUCAAUGUACCACUUGCCUCACCGCAGUCUGUUCAUCUUGGAUUAUUCAGGAUAUCAUCUGGUGAAUAUAAAGGAUAUCGUCUGGUGAAUAUAAAGGAUAUCAUCUGGGGAAUACAAAGGAUAUCAUCUCGGAGUAAAAAGGAUAUCAUCUGGGGAAUAUAAAGGAUAUCGUCUGGGGAAUAUAAAGGAUAUCGUCUGGGGAAUAUAAAGGAUAUCAUCAGGGAAUAUAAAGGAUAUCGUCUGGGAAUAUAAAGGAUAUCAUCUGGGGAAUAUAAAGGUUUAUCAUCUGGAAAUAUAAAGGGUUUCAUAUGCCUUCAAUGUACGAUUGUCGUGGCGAACAUGGGUUUUAGUUUAGAGAAGAAUCGUUUUUUAUCAAAAUAUCGAGAUGAGAGGUUGCAGUUUCCGAACCCUCUGCCGCUGAAUCACAACAAUAGUUGAGUAUAAUGGCAAUAAUUGACAGUUGCCUACUUUUGCUAAGUCAGCACAUAUGACCUGUGUCUUGCCGAUAAAGCGUGUCGUAUUUUAGCAUCGAGUUCAUAUCAGAGCUGCAUCUUGAAACUAGUUCCAAGCAAAGUAGUAUUCUGAGAUUAAGUUCCAUUUACGUAUGUAUGUUUUCAUGCAUAACGAUAGAAGCAAGGUACUUACUGGACGGCAUGGGAGGCGGGACAGGUGCAUAUGCAAUACUUACUCCCUCCAUAAGCACAGGUGCCUAGUGUAAUAGACUUUUACCUAUAAUACCCAAUCUAUAAUCCUCGGAACUUAAUCCUCAUAGUCUAAACCAUUCUUGGGUCACUAGGCCAAAGUGCAGCCCUGUUAUCACCAAUAAGAAAUAAUCGGUGGUGAUGAUGAUGAUGAUGAUGUACCGUGAAACCUCGUUAGUCCGGACCCCGUUAAUCCUGAAACCCCGCCUUCUGAACAAUUAUUAUUGGGAAGGUGUAUUCGUAGUAAAUUUACAUAACUAAUAACCAAUGAUUCGUUAAUCCGGAUAUUCGUUAAUCUGGACGAUUUAACUGUGAACGGUACCGUCCGCAUUUACGAGGCUUCAUUGUACAAGUCCAUACAACAAACUAACAUAAGAUAUAUGCCAUUGUCUAAGUAAUCUAUGCAAAUGCUUCUGAAUUCCAGCCAUCUUGAGCUGAAUUAUUUCAGGACGUAUAUUUCCAGUCCGUGCCUAAACCUGCCAGUGAGAAUAACGAUGGUCAAUAAUCAAAUGUAUGCAUGCAUUUUCUGUGUGACGUAGCAGAUAUUUUGUGUAGACGUUUGUGAAGAAAACUAUGUAUAGAUAUUUUCGAAUGAUUUACUGAAUUGAUAUUUUGCCUUGUAAUAAAAUGCUAAUUAUU